AUGCCUUCUCCUCCUCCAGACUGGGUCAAGGCUCUCAAGCCGUCAGGCCCGCAAGGUUCUGAGCUGCUCGCUCAAGAGCGCGCUCAAUCCAAGAUCAAUGUCGACAAGCUGUCCGAGCUGCUGCACACCAGGGAGUUCCUGCAGCGCCAGGAGCAACUGGUGAAGCUUCUCCAGCCGGAGAAGGUCUUUGACAAGUCCCAGAACCACACCCUGGGCCGUGUCGAGCGUCUCCAGCGGUCGCUGGCCAAGGCCAAGCGCCUGCAACAGCUGGCCGAGCAGCACCAGUGGUCCAUGGAGGAGCUCCAUGCUGCCAAUGAGCUGAUCGGUGAGCCUACUCCAUAUGGCCUGCACGCCAGUAUGUUCCUGGUGACUCUCCGCGAACAAGGUACCCCCGAACAACACAAGCUGUUCCUCGAGCGUGCCGCCAAGUACCAGAUCAUCGGUUGCUACGCUCAAACCGAGCUGGGCCACGGCUCCAACGUCCGUGGCCUGGAGACCACCGCCACCUGGAACCCCGAGGACAAGACCUUCACCAUCAACUCCCCCACUCUGACCUCCUCCAAAUGGUGGAUCGGAUCCCUCGGUCGCACCGCCAACCACGCCGUUGUUAUGGCCCAGCUGUUUAUCGGUGGAAAGAACUUUGGCCCUCACCCCUUCGUGGUGCAGGUCCGUGAUCUUGAGAGUCACCAGCCGCUGGAGAAUGUCUACGUUGGUGACAUUGGCCCCAAGUUCGGCUACAACACCAUGGACAAUGGUUUCCUGCUGUUCAAUAACGUCAAGGUCCCCCACGUGAACAUGCUGGCCCGGUUCUCCCGCAUCGACAAGGACACCAACAAGUACAUCCGCCCCGCCCUCCCCUCUCUCGUCUUCGGUACCCUCACCUGGGUGCGCUCCAACAUUGUCCUGCAGUCCGGUGGUGUCCUGGCUCGUGGUGUGACCAUCGCCACCCGCUACGCUGCCGUCCGCCGUCAGUUCCAGGACCGUGAUGCAGAUUCCAGCUCCGGCGAGAUGCAGGUCCUGAACUAUAAGAUGGUGCAGGUCCGCCUGCUUCCUCUCCUAGCCUCCAUGUACGCCUUGCACUUCACUGGCCGUGGCAUGAUGAACCUGUACGAGCAGAAUCAGCAGCGUAUGAAGGCCGCUGCUUCCCCCGGCCAGGACAACCGGGGCGCUGGUCCUGAGGAGCUUCGUGCUGGUGCUGACCUGCUGGCCGACCUGCAUGCCACUUCCUGCGGUCUGAAGGCCCUUGCCAGUACUACUGCCGGUGAAGGUCUGGAGGUCUGCCGUCGUGCUUGCGGUGGCCACGGUUACAGCAGCUACAGCGGUAUUGGAUCGUACUACUCUGACUACCUCCCUACACUGACCUGGGAGGGUGACAACUACAUGUUGACCCAGCAGGUGGCCCGCUAUCUACUGAAGUCUGCCCGUGCUGUUCUGUCCGGCAAGGCCGCCGACAACGACACCAGCCGCAUCCUUCGCACCUAUCUGGACCGCCGGGAGAAGGGUGCCUCCUUCGACAUUCUCGAGAACGACGCCGAUAUCGUCGACGCCUUUGCCUGGCGCACCGCCCACCUGACCUUCGAGGCCCUGAAGCACCGUGACGCUGAGAAGCGCUCAUGGAACAGCCUCCUGGUCGACUUCUGGCGCCUGUCCACUGCCCACUCGCAGUACCUGGUCGUGAAGAACUUCUACGAAGCCGUCUCCUCCCCCAAACUCUCCCAAUCCCUUGAUAAUGAGACCAAGACUCUCAUGCACGCUCUCUUCCGACUCUACUCCCUCCACACCCUCGAGCGCGAAGCCGCCGAGUUCUUCUCAUCGGGCGCCGUCACCGUCCGCCAGAUCAGCCUGACCCGCACCUCCGCAGUGAUGAAGCUGCUUGACGAGGUCCGUCCCCACGCGAUCCGCCUAGUGGAUGCUUGGGCCAUCCCUGACUGGCAGCUCGACAGCAGUCUGGGUCGCUCUGACGGAAACGUCUACGAGGAUCUGUUCCGUCGGGCUAGCCAGGAGAACCCAGUCAAUGACUUGGUGUUCGACCCCUAUCCCUGGAACGCGGCUGUUCUCAAGAACGAGCCCCCGAAGAGCAAGCUCUAG